AAUCCCACUCUUGCUGCUCUGUGAUCUGAAGCAGCAAAAGCUAUGUCUUUGGUACUCUACACUCUGCUCAUCAUCCUCUGCAAUGUGUGCUGCUUCAUCAGUGGUGCUUCUGUGGCUGUCCCAGAUGUAGCUGUGAGAUGUGCUGAAGAAGUGUUGCUGCCCUGUGAAGUUCUUCAGGACUCCUCAGUCACCUACCAGAUGGCAUCUUGGUAUAAAAUGGCUGGAGAUGAUGAAGGAAUAGCAUGGAAAGUCCUUGAUGUGGAAUCUCAUUAUCCAAAAGAACUUGGGGAGUCCCUGGAGCUCUCCAAUGACACCUUUUCACUAAGGAUCAAGAACGUGACCAGCCAAAGCAGUGGGACAUAUAAAUGCUCUUUGGGGGAACAGAGUGGAGGAAGCAAUUUGAGCAGCACUGUCAGAUUAAAAGUAACAGGUUGCCCUGGAAUAGAAGGUGAAAAACUAAAAAAGUACAGAGCCGAGCUUUUCAUGCUGACUUUUCUUGGGAUUUUUUACUUGCUGCUCAUCUUUUUUACCUGCACAUGUCUAAGAGAAGACGCUAUGUCUCCCAACUAUAAAAAAAACAGACCAGAUAUGAAACACAUGCUCACCCUCAUCAGUGUCCAUGAAAUGACAGCUUUUCAAGACAUUAACUGUGGCAGAACUUGCAAAAACGAGCUUACCUCAAGUUCUGUCUAA